CUUUACCAGAGGAAUUCAUCACUUCAUUUCCUUUAGUUUCUGAUAGUUCUUGCCGGUUAAGCCACAUAUCCAGAACACAGCCAUGAAAAUAAUGCAAUGGAAAAUAAAGAAACUGUUAUUCUCCAUAGUUUUUAUAAUUAUUCUCUACCUAUUGAUGAGGAAGAGAUAUAAUAACCAUUACGAUUUUGUGAAGCUACAAGACGUAAAACCUGCAGAAGCUUGGGAAUAUGUUGCAGAUUUUAGUAACAUGAAAACGUUAAACCCCACAAUCGUUGAUUUUAACAUUAUUUCUGAAAGUGGAAACUACGACCAUUGGAAAUACACUGUAAAGUAUGAUGAACAUCUCUCCCAUUGGCCAUAUUUAAGUAACGAAGCAAUCGCGAAUUUCGAUGUAAAAUCAACAUCUGACGUCCAUUACAUCAAUUCGGAACAUAAUACAUGUCUAUUCAACUGGUUUUGCUUAAAAUCAAUAAGCGAAAUGAAGUUUACGAAAACAGAAAACAGGAAUGAAGUUUUAGUCGAGGAAUCAAUACAAUAUGAAUGCCCGGCUGUAUUAUCGGCAUUAUGUUAUCGGGAAGUUAAGUAUCAACGAAACGCAAUUAUGAAGAACUUAAAACUUCAUUUUCAGUAUAAACACAAUUAACAAUAUUUAAAAUAUAAUAGAAAAGUACAAAAAUAUGGUGGCCCAAAGAGGCAAAAAUAAAAGUAUA